GCAAGAUGAAGGGACUACUGGUUCUAAUAGCUUUAUUUGUGGCUGUGAUUGGCAAAAAUACUUUUAAAGGGCAAGCUAAUUCAUUUUGUCUUCAGCUGACCAUUAAAUACACCAGAUGUUGAUAGAAUUGUGGAAAAGACACCAGGUUCUUCGGAUCACUGCAAAUAAUGAGGCUCAGAUCACUCUCCUGAAGGAGCUUUCUGAACAAGCACAUCUUAGACUGGAUUUCUGGAUGGAGCCCAUUCGUGAGUCCCUGCCCAUUGAUGUUCGUGUCCCCUUCAACAGUCUCCAAACUGUCAAAGAUUUCCUGGCACAAAAUCACAUUGAGUAUCGUGUCAUGAUUGAGGAUGUUCAGAAUUUACUGGACGAGGAGGAGCGUCAGAUGUUGAAAUCUCGUCCCACUCCAAGAACUACAGAUGAUUUUGUCUUCUCCAGCUACCAUGACCUGAACACUAUAUACGCAUUCAUGGAUACCCUUGUGGCGGAAAAUAGUAAUCUGGUUAGCAAAAUUGUGAUCGGUCAGAGCUAUGAGGGUCGCCCCUUGAAUGUCUUGAGGUUCAGCACUGGAGCGAAUCAUCCAGGUAUGUGGAUUGACACUGGCAUCCACUCCAGAGAAUGGGUCACCCAGGCCAGUGGAAUCUGGUUUGCCAAGAAGAUUGUGACAGACUAUGGACGAAAACCUUCCCUUACCAACAUCCUUAACAAUUAUGAUAUCUACUUAGAGAUUGUCACCAACCCUGAUGGCUACCAAUACACCCAGACCAUAAACCGCAUGUGGCGUAAAACCAGAAAGCCAAACCCUGGCUCCGACUGUGUUGGAGUUGACCCCAACAGGAACUGGGAUGCUGGCUUUGGAGGGACUGGUUCCAGCAACAAUCCUUGCUCCGAGACCUACCAUGGACCUAGUGCUGAAUCUGAGCCAGAGGUCAAGGCCAUUGUGGACUUUGUGAAAUCUCAUGGCAACCUCAAGGCUUUUGUGUCCAUUCACAGCUAUUCCCAGAUGCUCCUCUACCCAUAUGGAUAUACUCACACUCCUGCCAAAGACCAGGCAGAACUGCAUGUACUUGCCAGAAAGGCCAUCACUAAACUGCAGUCUUUGUAUGAGACUCAGUAUAAAUAUGGUAGCAUCGUUACCACCAUCUACCAAGCCAGUGGAGGCACUAUCGACUGGACCUAUGACCAGGGCAUCAAGUACUCUUAUACCUUUGAGCUGAGAGAUACUGGUCGCUUUGGUUUCCUCCUGCCUGCCAAUCAGAUUGUCCCCACUGCUAAGGAGACCUGGCUGGCCUUGAUGGCAAUCAUGAAGCACACCAAGAACAAUCCAUAUUAAACAUACAAUAGAAUUUCACUAAUCAGUCAAACUCUAUGAAAGAAUCUGAAUAAAAAACAGCCAAAAGAACAACAGUCCACAGAUGAAUGUUGCAUGGAAAUAAGUGAAGUAACCAUUGAGAUGUGACAUAUAUUUGAGAUAUGCGGCAAUAGUUGUACACAUGCGUAACAGUGAAUUUUCUUGAAAAUGUAAUAGAAGAUAACAAAGCAGGCAAAUUGAAUUAGAAAGAUUGCAUUAUAUUCACUUGUAGAAACACAAUAAAAGGAAUUCUGUGAAAGAAAUGGGAUAACUGUUGGCUGCUAAAUACCUACAACUAUAUGUACACAUUUCAUCAACACAUUACAUGCAUGAUCUUGCACAGAUUAUGCUUUAUAUCAAUGUGUAAGGUCUUGGGACCACUUUAACAAGUGUUAUUUUAUCUGGAAAAUUCAAAGAUGGUUAAAAGGGUUUAUAUCAUGAAGAAUCAUAUUUUUCUUCAUCUUUUGAGAUAAAAUUGCUAGAUGUACUAUGAAAACAUACUGUAAUUGCCUAGUCGGCCAAUAGCUAGUGCCGGCUCUGUGUAUGUAGAAAGGCUGGCUAAAGAGCAUUGCAGUAGUCUAGUCUAGAUAUGACAACAGACUGAACAAGGAGUUGUGUAGCAUGUUCAGAUAGGAAGGGUCUUGUUUUCCUAAUGUCGUAGAGUGCAAAUCUACAGGAUGGUGCAGUUUUUGAAAUGUGGUCAGUAAAGUUGAGCAGGUCAUGGAUGGUAACCCCCAAAUUUCUGACCAUUUUGAAUGGUGUUAUUGUAGAUCAUUGUUUCCCAAACUGGGGUACGUGAGGUGACAAUGGGGUUACGCGAAUACAAUUCUGAGAUUUACCGUUCUUUUUUAUCACAGUCUAAAAUAACAUUCAAACUCAGUUCAUGUAUUUCUUACUGGCAAAAAUUACUUUGUGUGUCCUCUUGUGUAGAAACACCAAAAUUGUUGUGUCAUAAAGGUCAGAUAAAUAUACAAUGACAUAACCCUAUCUUUUGCAUUCAAAAAUGUAUCUACUCAUGUGUCAUGCAUCACACAAGUAUCUUUUUUCACCAGCCCACCAUACUGCCAGGUGACGUAGAUUAUAGAUAGCAAGUAAAAUUGAUACUUCACUGUUUUACCAGACUCGCAUAGUCAGUCAGUCGUCCACAAUUUCAGUUUGUCUAUUUUUUUCUUGCAGUUUAAAGUGUAAUUUGUAUUUAAGGUUAGACGAAUAGGGAGUUUUGAUUCUGAUGGUACACGUUCAUAAGAUUUGAUAACAGGUGUCAGACAUCCAGUGCGGCCAAAUAUUCCACAUUCACAAGCAAUCAUUUUCACUCACAUUUGCUUGCAUGCUAGAGACAUGUUUUUACAUUGCUGCAUUAUUCAGCAAAUGAGCUCAGCCUUGCUAAUAUUAUGGCAAGCAAGCACUUUGAAUCACAUCAUUUAUAUGUUUAACCUUUUUCCAUCUUAAUGGACUAAAUAUUGAAUUAAACAAAUGAAAAUCAAAUGCAAAAUGAUCUCUUCAGUAAUCAAAAUGCUUCUGAUGAUCAAUGAUUUAAAUUGUAACUAUAGUGGAAUACAAUUACAUAUAUUUUGUAUUUUACAUAUGUACUCCAGUUACAUGUACUCCGUUACUCCCUGACCCUGGCAACAGGUACACCUCCAACUGACUCCAAUUAGCCAAUCAGAAUCUAAUUGGCUAAUUGUCAAAAGGCUUGAAAUCAUUUUCUGGAAUUUUCCAACCCGCUUAAAGGCACAGUUAACUUAAUGUA